AUGAUUUAUCUCCUUUUAGCAAUUCAAAAUAUGACGAUCUCUUUAGAAGGAGAGUUAACAGAUAUCAGUCCAGGGUGGGUUUCAGUACAACUUCCCGAAAACAUUUCGGCGAUCAAAACUUCAUUCGUACCGUUGAACUCAACUUUACGCUCUUUUGACUUCGGUAGAUCAAGUAUUACGGAAUUACCUAACAAAUGCUUCUUUCGAUUCGUUAAUCUCCGAAAUGUAAAUUUAGAAUUUUGCGAUAAUCUCAAAGAAAUACCUAUGCUAUGUUUCCAUGGAUGUUCCAACUUAAGCUCAAUCGUUAUACCGAAAAAUGUUCGUUCUAUCUACGAAAAUGCUUUUACAAAUUGUAUAAAUCUUAAAUCUGUUACAUUCGCACAAAGGACAGCACCUCUUCAUAUCCUCAAGUACGCUUUUUCCAAUAUUGGACUCGAUAGCAUUGAUUUACCUCCAACGACAAAAACUUUGCUUCCAGAAUCAUUUAACAACUGUCACAAUUUAUCAGCUGUUAAUGUUAUUAGUUCUUCUUUCAGGUCAAUUGAUGGCAUAAUCUAUAAUUACAAAUUGCGAGUUCUUAUUUUUUAUCCCUCUGGAAUUAAAGAAAAAACAUUCACUAUUCCAGAUUCCGUCAAAGAAAUAUCUGGAUAUGCAUUCUCAGGCAACCGAUAUCUAGAAAAAGUAAUUUUUAAUAAGAAUAUUGAGCAAAUUAAAUUUAAUGCAUUUUCUCUCUGUUUUAAUUUACAGAGUGCUGAUUUUCCUGAAGGACUGCGGUUUAUAGAGAACAUGGCUUUUGCAUCCUGUUCGAAAUUGAGAUCCGUAAUCUUCAGAUCGUCGUGUCAGAUCGACAACUUUGCAUUCGAAAAAUGCAAGUCUCUUUCUAGCAUAACUUUUAUGGAAGUUAAUAGCAACAUUCAGAAAAAUUCAUUUCAUAUUUGUAAUAUCACAUCGAUCACAGCUCCUCCCUCCAUGGUGAGUAUUUUAGAAGACAUAGGCUUUAAUAAAACCAUUAUAAAUCCUCCACAAGUUAGAGUUCAGAUUCGAAUAAUAGAAAAUUCAGAGAUAGAAGGCUGGGUAGCCCAAUGA